AUGCUUCUCCUCGGUCUGACUGGCUCCAUCGCGACGGGCAAGUCGACCGUGUCGUCCAUCCUCUCCAAGCCGCCCUACUCGCUACCCAUCGUAGAUGCCGAUCUCAUCGCGCGACAAGUCGUCGAACCUGGCACCCCGGGCUACAAUGCCAUCGUCGAACACUUUUUGCCUACUACGCCUGACCUCCUCCUCCCCGAUGCGACACCCAAAGGACGCCCGCUGAACCGGCCAGCACUGGGGCGGAGAGUCUUUGGCGGCGGAGAAGAGAAGGAGCGCGACAGGAAGAAGCUGAACAGCAUCGUGCACCCUGCCGUGCGCAAGGAGAUGUACAGACAAAUGGUGUGGGCCUACCUGCGCGGCAACUGGGCAGUCGUGCUAGACGUCCCUCUCCUCUUCGAAAGUGGCUGGGAACGCUACUGCGGUACCAUUCUUGUUGUCGGCGUCUCGGACCCUGCGAUACAAAUAAAACGCCUGCGAGAUCGCGACUCUCAUCUUACCGAAGAGGAUGCGCGCAACCGCGUCAUGAGUCAAGGCGACGUGCGCGAGAAGGCCGAGCGCUGUUUGCGGAGGGGUCCGGGAAAUGGCGUCGUAGUCUGGAAUGACCACGACAGGCGUUACCUAGAGAAGGAGAUACAGAGAGUCAUGCAGGACGUCAGGAAUAAUAGCCCGCGAUGGUGGAGUUUCCUCCUCUGGGCCUUCCCACCGUUUGGAGCCAUAGCUGGCGCGUUGAGCUGGUACAGGAUGCGCAACGUGCAGCUACAGUGGGAACAAGAGAAGAAGCGGGAGAAGGCGAAGCUGUAG